AUGACUGACCGCGUCUUCCCAGCUUCCAAGCCAGCAACUAAUGGAGUUCCACCAAAUGGUGCCUUAGCACCUCCUCCAGCUCCUGCGGCUGUUAACGGUAACGGAACAGCAAACGGAAUGGCUAAUCAGAAACCCCAAGUCUACAUUCCGGCUAACCGUCCGAUUUACCGUCCACAACCUUACAGUCGCCACCACCAUCAUCAAUCUCGGCCAAGUUGCCGGCGAAUUUGCUGCUGUUGCUGUUUCUGGUCGAUUCUGAUCCUUCUGAUCUUGGCUCUCAUGGCCGCAAUCGCCGCCACUGCCAUGUACGUGAUCUACCACCCGCGUCCGCCGUCGUUCUCCGUCCCGUCGCUUCGAAUCGGCCGCGUGAAAUUAACCACCGCCUCCGAUUCCUCCGUCUCGCAUCUCUCUUCCUUCUUCAACUUCACUCUACUCUCCGAGAAUCCCAACCAGCACCUCGCCUUCUCCUACAAUCCCUUCACCGUGACAGUCAAAUCCGCUAAAUCCGGCGAGAUGCUCGCCAACGGCACCGUCCCGGCCUUCUUCAGUGACAACCACAACAAGACUUCGUUUCGCGGCGUGAUCGCGACGUCCACUCCUGCGCGUGAGCUGGAUCCGGACGAAGCUCGGCAUCUGAAAUCAGAUCUGACGCGCACACGUGUGGGGUUCGAGAUCGAGAUGCGAACGAAGGUGAAAAUGCAAAUGGGGAAGCUCAAGAGCGAAGGAGUAGAGAUCAAAGUGACAUGCGAAGGAUUCGAAGGAACAAUACCCAAAGGUAAAACUCCAAUCGUAGCAACCUCCAAAAAAACUAAGUGUAAGUCUGAUCUGAGUGUGAAGGUCUGGAAAUGGAGUCUUUAA